UUAUAGCGGUCAACCUCGUUAUUCUUAUUCUGGUAUUAAGAGUUACUGCUACUGUUAUGAUCAAAGACGAAACACAAAACAACUCAAACAAAUCACUGAUCAAAGCAUGCAUUACGCUACUACCUAUCCUGGGAUUAACGUGGCUCUUUGGCGUCUUGGCUAUCAACAAUAAAACCCUCGUGUUUGAGUACUUGUUUUGUAUCUUUAACUCCUCUCAAGGUCUUCUUAUCUUUUUGUUUUACUGCAUUGGAAGCUCUGAGGUACGAAGAGAGUGUAAAAGAAAGUUACACAACUAUGAAACAAAACGAAGUCUUCGCAAUAGUUCAAAUGGUCAKUUCAAACCAAACAAACAGAACAACAGUAACUGUGGGAAAAUAACCAGGAGUGCAGAACUGAUAAGCCAACGUGAUGUUAAUGAUGAUACUCGAUUAUAAUUCACACCACAUUCAGGUAUGAAACACUGCUUAUAUUACCGUCAGCCAGCCACUAAUAUCAGAAAAUAUUGACAUCCAUUUGACAAGACAYAGCCAACGCUACUACACCAUACUGUUUUGGAUCCAUCAUAUUGUUUCUUGUGGUAAAAUAUCGUUUGCCUAUUGACACUUGAUAAGUUUAUGACCAUGAUUGCGUCAAGCAGCGGGCUUGGUAGUUUCCUAUUGGUUAAUUACAACAUCUGCCUCAUUGGUUGGUCGUYAAUCACUAUCUGAUUGGUUCAACUUCUGCAUGUGAAGAGAGUGCGCUGAUCUCAUUGGUUGAUUUAUCACAGCAUCUCUGAUUGCAGGCUCAUUGCCUUUAAGUGGGAAAUAUGCGUUUGGCUGCGGCUGCUUUUAUCUGAUUGAUUUCUUAUCUUCAAACACCAAGUUUCGAACUGGUUGUCUGUAUACGAACGACAUUACCGCUGACUUACAWGCAUCGCUUUUGAAAAAAGCUUGUAAAAUAUUUUUCAUCUUGCAACAACUUCACAUUAAAACUUCACAUUGUGCGUCUAUUCCUAUGGAACACUCCGUACUUUUUCGUGUUUUGUAUUUCUCAGCUAUCCACAUACGUUUAUAUAGCCUUAUGACUUAUACUGACCUGAACGAAGAUAUCCGGCAUUGAAUUAAAGACUGAAGAGAAAAUGGAGGUCA